AUGAAUAAAAAUAAAUGUUUGCAAUGUUCAGAGGCGAAAGGUCAGGGGAAGGCUGUUAAAUGUUCUCAGUGUGAGUUCUUUGCGCAUGCGAACUGUGUUUCAAUUCCUGAAGAGGUUUGCAACCUCUUGGAUUCCAGCACCAACCUCAGAUGGUUCUGUGAUAGAUGCUCAAGUCAGGGACCUAACAUUAAAAAGUUGACCAGCUCUGUCGAUUCUCUCAGAAAAGAUGUUUUCAACAAACUCAACACAUUGAACGAUUUGAAUGCAAAUAUAAAGUCUGAGCUCGAGAAUAUCAACGCAGUAAUAGAAAGUAAUAAAGAAAAGUUAAACCAACUUGAGAGCUCUGAUGUUUUUCGUGGUGAAUUGAACAUCUUGAAGAAUGAUAUGAAAGUAUCAUUUGCAGAUAUCGUCAGUCGCGGGAUUAAAAGACACACUGAUGAUAUCAAGGCUGAAGUAAAAACAGUCCAGACGACAAUAAAUGAUGCUAAACAAAUCAAAGAAAGAGAAAAUAAUUUAAUUAUGUUUCAUUUGCCUGAGAGUGGCAGUGAUCGGGUGGACGUCAUGAAAAUUCUGAAACACCUGUCUAAUAAUGUUGUUGAUGCUAACCUAGUUCAUCUAACUAGACUCGGAAAAAAAUCAGACGAUCAUACCCGACCGCUGCUUUUGAAAAUGGAUAGUGUUGACAUAAAAAACAUGAUAAUUAAAAACGUCUCUAAAUUAAAAUCGCUUGACGUCAGCCUGGGUCGCAUCGGACUCAGUCACGAUCUCUCCCCAGAGCAGAGAAAGGAACUGAGGUCAAAGAUAGAGGAGGCAAGGGCAUUGGAAGCUUCUGACAAGGGUUUUUUAUACCUUGUAAGAGAUUUUGGUGUUCGCAGUCUGACGCUUGGAGUUAUUGGUGACGAUUAUUUGGAUUCAUCUCUCGACGGUAAUAAAUGUUUAAUGAUGAAAGGCACUGGCAAUGAUUUAAAUGGUAAUGUUAAUUUUGGUUGUUGUAAUGAUGGUCAUGGUCUUGAUGGUGGUGGUUAUUCGAUGGUCUGUGGUACUGGAAGCGAUCUGAACGUUAUUGGUAUAAAUGGUUGUGGUAAAGAUGAUGGUAGUGAUUGCGUAAUAACAAAUGGUACCGGUAAUGAUCGUAAUGAAAGUGGUGGUUUUAAUGAUCUUAAAAAAGUAGGUAAUAACAAUGUAAUGAAAGGUGGUGCUGUUGGUAGAAAUAUUGGUGGAAUCAAAAAUGAUCGGACUAAUAAUAACUUUUGUGUGGUUAAAAUAAAAUUGGGUUUACUAAAUAUAAGAUCGAUUGGCUCAAAGUACAACAUCAUUUAUGAUUUGAUCAGUGAUGGUUUGGAUAUUUUUGUUGUUACUGAAUUAUGGCAUGGUUCAUCAGAAAAUCCCUCCAUUGCGUUAUCUACUCCUCCUGGUUACCGCUUUGUAGAUUGUGUAAGAGAUAACGACCCUCUCCAUGGUGGAUUGAUAAUAUUUUUUUGUCUAUGUUUAAAUGUAAAAAAAUAG